CCCCUCUCCUCUGUCUGCCGCCCAGCCCAGUUGGGGAGCUGGGACCAGGGGAAUGUCCCGGCCCGAGUUCGCUAGGACUCCCACUCUGUUCCGCUCAUCUCUGCCGCUGUCAGCAGGGCCUGAGGUUCGCCGCGUUACGAAAUGGCCGAACAGUCGGACAAAGCCGUGAAGUAUUACACCCUGGAAGAGAUCCAGAAGCACAACAACAGCAAGAGCACCUGGCUAAUCCUGCACCACAAAGUGUACGAUUUGACCAAAUUUUUGGAGGAGCAUCCUGGUGGGGAAGAAGUCUUAAGGGAACAAGCUGGAGGUGAUGCUACUGAAAAUUUUGAGGAUGUUGGACACUCCACAGAUGCUCGAGAGUUGUCCAAAACGUUCAUCAUUGGGGAGCUGCAUCCGGAUGACAGAUCAAAGAUUGCCAAGCCUUCGGAAACUCUUAUUACCACUGUUGAAUCUAAUUCCAGCUGGUGGACCAACUGGGUGAUCCCAGCCAUCUCAGCACUGGUUGUAUCCCUGAUGUAUCACUUCUACACAUCGGAAAACUAAAAACAUUCUCUCAGAAGCCAAUGGAAGAAAAGACUGCUCUGGUCCAGGGAGAAAGAAGCUACCAUUAACUGCGUUGAUUGACAGAAUACUUCACUGGAAAAUAAUUUCAGUAUACCUGUUUCCUUUUCCUCCUGCAUUAGUCACAAAACAAAUCAAAAAGCACUGUUCUAUUCUUUCUACUUUUCAACUUUUAGAGUGUGCCUUUUUAUUCAUCAGCUUUGUUUUGAUGUUCCAUCACUACAUCAUUUGCUUAGUGUGGGCACAAUCUUUUAAAACCUAUCACAUUUGCCUGUCUCUUUGGUGUAUAACUGUCUGUAACGUUUGAAAUCUGAUUAUUUGGCAGUCAUUUAAUAUGCUGAUCACUCAGACCUGCGUUGUCUGUCUCGUGCGAGGAGGGGCAUCCUUGAGUCUCUUACUCUGCUGUUUCAUCUAAUUGAAUAAUCAGGUACUACAUGUUUCCAAUGUAGUUUUUCCCCCCAAGGGAAAUAUGAAAAGCCCAGAAAUAAUAGCUUAAAUAUUUCCAAUAGUUGUUCUACUUGAAAAGUUGAAUAGAUGAUAAAAACGAAAAAUGCCCUAUAGGACAGAGAAAAGAGACUCCAUCUCUUUGAUUAAAAAACACUAGCAACAUCAAAAAAAGCCUGUGACUCGUGAGAGAACAUUACCACUGUCCUUUCUCUCAGCUUAAAAGAUGUCAUUCCAAAGAGGUUCUCGGUUACAAAGGUUCUAAAGUUUUACAGAUUCCUCCUUCAGAGGUGAAAACUGUUUAUGUGCUCCUGUAAGGAAAUGCUGAUUCUCUAAUUUGAAAGACAUUGGCACAUUUGGAAUCUGAUUUUUGAAGAAAUUUAGCUUCUGGUGAUGGGCCAUAAGGAACUCUGGUGUGGCUCCAGUGGACUGACUCAUCAUCUGUCUUCAUUUUUCUCAGCCUCAUGCUUUUUUUCUUUAAAUAUGGAAACUUGAGAGAUGAUUUUAUAGAGUUGAAGUACUUCAUAGUUAGCAAUGAUUGUCCAUUGGCGUGCUAGAUGAUUGAUGAGCCAUGGAGUUCUAGAGAAAUAACACAUUGGAAAGGAAUUUUUCUAAAUAACAGAGCAUCAUAGAUUUUUAUAAUCAAUGACGUAUAUCACCCUCUGCCUGGAAGUUAGAGUGAAGUUGGAGGGCGGUGGAGCAGGUGGCUGUGUCGUGUGGGAAAAUGCCUGGCAGAGGAAUCCUUUGUUCAGAUUUUAAUAAACAUAUAUCUGAAACAAAAUACUCCUUUUGUGGUGGAUUUGGCUCCGACACACAUCCCUCUGCAUUCUGUUACAUCUACAGACAAGUCAGCCGGCUCUGCUGUAGUACACUGUCAUGACUGUCAUGAUGGAUAUGUCAGUCACUAACUAAAAAUGACUCCCGAGACCUCCUUCAUUCUGCUUUUUGAUGCUGUUGUAUCAAGGAUUUCCACAUAAAGUUCCACAGUUCUUUCUCUGGGAAACUCAGUCGGUUCACUACUCCAGAUGUGAUUUUUUAGCGUCAUUAUGAAAGAUGUGUCUGGGAAAUGGUACAACCAAAGGGUUUAAGGCAAGAAGUUAGUGCCAUGGUGAGCGCACCUGCAUUUGUUCUCCCCCCCACCCUCACCCAAGCCCCACAGACAGGAGGGGCUCCUUGGGUUCUUGUGAGGCUUGAAAUGAAAUGACCACCACACCCACACUCCUCUGAGCAGCCCACACGUGUAGCCGAUGUUUGCAUCUGGAUCUCGUAGAGGAAAGCUUGCUUUCCAUGAGUGUCUUAGAGGCUGACCUAGCCUCCAGACUCAUCUUGCUCUGCUCUGGCUGCACUUGUGUUCACGGUCACCUUAUCUGGAGCCCAGUUUGGCCCAUAUCAGGGUGGGGAUCUGUGGUCCUUGGGAUAGUACAGAGUUACCUUAGAGGUCAGGGUCCACUGCAGUGCCAUCCACAUUAGCGAAGGCAGGCUUCCACGUUGUCCCUACUCUCAGCGAGCCUUACCGUAUAAGGAGGAGCGGGCAUGGAAGUGAGGACAUAUGGUGGGGAUGGGGCUGAACCUCUGUAUCUGCUCUGUUCAGUUGCUCAAUGGCUGGGCAGACUGGGGAAGAAGCCACAGGAGAGGAAAGUGUUUUAUGCAGGAAGCCUGGAGUAAAAAUUUGAGAAACAACGAAAAGGAUACCAGGGAGUCACAUAGUGAGUGGGGGAGGGGAGGAGCGGCUCCAUCUGGAGGCAUGUUUUGCAGUCAAUCAACAGAUGAUUGUGAAUUUGAGAGAUCACAAAAUCAUUAUGUAAAUUCUAAAACAAAUGCCAGUCUUAUUUGUUUUUUGAUUGUCAAAUGUGAACAUUUCCAUCAAGAUAGAAAACAAAUUUCCAAGUUGUGGGUGGGAAUGAUGCAUUUGCCUAAGAAAGUCCUAAAAAAAUGGAGAAAAUAGUAACAGUUGUGUUCCUGCUUCUCUCUACCGGCCUCAGGCCCAGGUAUUUUCCUAGUCUCUCCUUUUUCUGACUGAGGCUGAUGAUGUAGAGUCCCAAGUCAUGAAAUUCACUGUGAACCAAAUAAAGCCUAUGUGAAGUCUGGAA